AUGGACCAGAAAAGAAGUCGAAGCAAGGAAUUAUUGACGGGUAAAAAGGAUAGAAUCAGUCAACUUCCUGAAAGUAUUUUGAGUCACAUCCUAUCCCGUUUACCAACAGAGGAUGCUGUUAGAACUAGCGGCUUGUCAAGGAAAUGGGAGUACAAAUGGACUUCCAUUUAUAACCUAACCUUUGAUGAUGGAAAGAGAUUUCGAUACUCACCCAGGAGGAGGAAAUGGAAACGGCAGAAGCAGCCUAAAAAAACAGAUUUUAUGAACUUUGUGGACAGAGUUCUUGCUCUUUCUAAGAAUUCAUCAAUCAAAGAGUGUCACCUUUUGUUUCUAGACGUGUAUGAUCCAUUUCGUAUGAAAACUUGGAUCACUGCUGCUCUAGGCGCUGAUGUCCAGAGGCUUUUUAUUUCAUAUGCUGGGGUCUUGAAAGAUGACCCUUCUAGCCCCCUAUUUCUUACCUUCCCUGUCAUUGAAGAGUUUCUGUCAUCGGAUUGCAAAUGGAGGAAUGUGAAGAUGCUUAAAAUAGAGGCGCUAAGGCUUGCUAGCCAAUCAAAACUUGUUGAUGCAUCUCUACAGUAUUGGAAACCUGACAUGAAUGAUGAUAUUAAGCAAAGAAGCAAGACAGGUUUUCAAGCCUGUAUGAUCUUGACACGAUUCUCUGCUUUCAUCAGAUUCCUAGAACUAUCUACUGAUCUGAUCCAGGUGCUUGCUGAUGCGAAUCCACGAUGUCCUCCUAAUUUCUUUUAUAAGCUUGCCCACCUCAAAGUGUAUUCAGCUAGCAUUGCAAUUCAGUGUGAUGCAGCGCUGAUAAACUUCAUGAAAAUGGCACCAGGUCUUGAAUCACUUACAUUUACGGGGGAAUUUUCGAGGCAAGCUGCUGACGACUAUGAUCAAAUUCAAUUGUUGCCUGGAUAUCUAUCUUUCCUCGAGGUAGUCAAACUGAAAUAUUCCUACUCUCCUAAGCCAACGGAGAGUACUUUGGUGAAAUUUAUUCUGCGGAAUGCUGCACAGCUUAAGGAGCUGUUGAUUUGUUCACAACAUGAAGGCCAUAAGGUGGAUGAAGUUAGAGAUCAUCUGUUCAAGUGUUCUAGAGACUUAAGAAUUGUGUCGAUACUGUCCCUUUGA